ACAGCAGGUGUCUCUCGUCUCUCUAUAUAAAACCUUUGAAAAAAAAAACUCUUGUUUCUCUCUCUUUGCUCAAGAUCGAUAGCCAGAGCGCGCACGUGGAUUAUGCGGAUUGAAAUUAUUGGACAAAUAGAGUAGAAUUGAUAUAUUAAAAUUAUAAAGCUUACUUGCUACCAGGUUUCAUGCUUUGUUGAAGAUCCAAUGCUGAUAGCUUCUUGAAAUAGAAGAAUGAGAUAUUUGGUUCAAGAGGUGCUUAAGGAAGUGAUUUAUUUUUGUGAACAUCUGACCUGUUGAGUUGGAGUGUAAGAACCUGUAUGAAAUGGGGACAUUACACCGGAGCAGUCUUUCAAAAAGAACAAAUGAUAGUGGUAGACUUAUUAUAACUACUAUUCUAGGAAUUGUCUUUGGAUUUUUCGUCGGUAUAUCGUUUCAAUCACUUUCUCUUAACAAGAUUCAAUUACCGUCGAGCCUUACUUCAACCAUCGAAUUUGCUGUAAAAAAUCAAAAUCAAAACCAAAUUCAAAAUCAAAAUCAAAUUCUAAAGAGUGAUCCCAGAUAUAAUGAAUCAAGCACUAUUCCCAGGGUAAAUAUAAUGUUUUUCCUUCAGACAUCUUCUUAUUCUUGGUUUGCUUAUAAUAUUUGUUGCAAAAUAUAUUGUUCAACAAAUCCUCGUGGUGCAGAGUUAUUACCUCCAGGAAUUGUGGUGCCAGAAACUGAUUUUUACUUGCGCAGAUUAUGGUAAAUGCUCUAAAAUUUGCAUGUUCUGAAGUAAAAGCCUAAGUACUUGCUGUCAAUCACAGUUGGUCUGAAUCAAAGGCAAAAUAUUGAUAGAAUGGUUAAAAAGUUUUCUGAGGAUUUCCAACUUUUGCUUUUCCACUAUGAUGGUCGGACAAGUGAAUGGGAUGAAUUUGAGUGGUCAAAGAGCGCAAUCCAUGUUAGUGCAAGGAGACAAACAAAAUGGUGGUAUGCAAAAAGGUUUUUGCAUCCUGAUGUUGUUGCAGCUUAUGAGUAUAUUUUUAUUUGGGAUGAAGAUCUUGGCGUGGAACACUUCAACGGGGAGAAGUAUAUUGAGUUGGUUAAAAAGCAUGGGCUAGAAAUCUCUCAACCAGGUCUGGAGCCUAAUAACGGAUUGACAUGGCAAAUGACGAAGCGGAGGGGUGAUCGAGAGGUUCACAAGUUUACAGAAGAGAAACCUGGCUGGUGCAGUGAUCCACAUGUGCCUCCAUGUGCUGCCUUUGUGGAAAUUAUGGCUCCAGUGUUUUCUCGGGAAGCUUGGCGUUGUGUUUGGCAUAUGAUUCAGAACGAUUUGGUGCAUGGAUGGGGAUUGGAUUUUGCUCUAAGAAGAUGCGUAGAGCCUGCACAUGAAAAGAUUGGUGUUGUUGAUUCACAGUGGAUCAUUCAUCAAGUCAUCCCUUCACUUGGGAGUCAGGGUGAGUCGGAGAAUGGGAAAGCUCCAUGGGAAGGGGUGAGAGCGCGGUGCAAAAAGGAGUGGUCUUUCUUCCAAAAUCGUCUUGCCACAGCCGACCAGGCGUACUUUGCUCAGAUGGGGAAGGGAUAAUUUUUGUGCAAUUCUCUCUCUCUCCCUUCUCCCUUGUACAUUUAUGAUUUUACUGCCCUUGAGGGGUGCUCUAGAGUUUGAUAGUUCAAAUGAUAUUCUUGGUCAAGGUCGCUCAUUGUCUGGGCCACAUUUUCUGUAUCUUAUAGAUCAUCUCAGUUAUAUAAAGAGAAGAGAAAUUUAUUUUGCCCAGUAGCUGAUAUUUUCUUUCAGUCUGGCUUUGGUAUCAAAAAUUUGUGUUCACCUAU